GAAGAAGCCAAACCGUUGGCGCACACCAAUGCCUCGAGCCUCAAGCAUCGUUCUCAUCCAUACCGUGGCUGUCGAACAAUGAGGUUCGUCCUCUGCCAUAUUCAGUUCCUGGUAUGUACAGUGGUGGUCGGAGCCCAAUUUCCUGACUUCAGAGUGCAAGACAACGACCGGACAGAUGGAACCACUGCCUCCAGUACUGCUCACAGUAAUCAGCAGCGAAGUACUGAAGCCGCGACACUAAAUGGCGGGAAACACGUCUUCGCUAAUCCUUGUUCGCGGGACAAGGAUUGCUCAUCGGAUCUCGGACUCGCAUGCAUAUCUAUUGACGUCACAACGGACAAGCGGUGUGGCUGCGCUAAGGCGACGCCUGUUUACAUAAAAGACUCCAGCGGAAUUCAGAGAUGCGUACGGGCAAAAUCUAUGUACGAAUCUUGCGUAAGUAAUCUGGAAUGCAGCUACAACAGCCCCAAUGUACUCUGCGUGGAUUUUCUCUGCUAUUGUCCCCUACCAUACGUGCUCACUGAGAAUCAACGCUGCUUGCCUCCGAAGACGUCGCAUGCUACCCUGUUGUUCGCCGUGGCGCCAACAAUGGUUCUGAUCUUAACCUUGCUUAUACUGGGUGCUGCGUACAGCUAUCAGAAGUACGCUCGUGACAAGAGAGACAGGGAAUCAUCCAGCAGUCAACAAGGAUCGAGCAAUCUCUCCUUGGAUAAUGUUUCGCAGACAUCUGACGCGGCGGCUCAGCUUCUACGAGAGAGACGCAGCUCGGCCAUUCCCAUUUAUAACCGCAGAGUGCUUACACCUCGGUCCCCUGCAGCAUCUUGGGAUUGGGACUUCGCUCGUAAUACGAGACGUCCGCCGAGGUAUAUUAAACGUCCAAAACAAGACGUAGGCGCUGCGUUUCUCGGAGGAAGCGGUAGGCUCGUUUUGGACAGGAAACCUAUCGAAGCAAAGGAAAAAGACGCGUACCCACGCCCUGGCUUCUUGUCCGUUGAAAAGCUUCAGGACGACCGCGACAGCGUGGCCGUUGGUAGCACUGGCAAAGCUGAUAUGGACGGUCGUAGCAGAGGAGCCUCAUUAGUGGGCGAAAGAAAGCCUCGAGCUGAACCUGACAGCGUUGCCGACGAACUGAAGGCGUUGCAGGAUAUCUUACAGGCAGAAAGCAUCGUAAUCAACGUAGAAACUGGUGGACACGCUGAAGACGUGUUCAGAAUGGCGAAGGCAACGCCAGCGCCAGACAAGGUGCCUCCCACUCUGCGCAGAAAAUUGAUGGGCAACAGACAACGCAAGAAAAAGGUUCACGAGGUCGUUAAUAAACCUCUGGCGUUUGAAGACCACGCUUUUGAAGAUUCACUUCAGGAGGUCAGCGAAGAUUCCUUCAUGAAGGAGCAGAGAAAACUUAUUGAAGACAGGAAAGGACGCCUUCUGUACUUCGGUAGUCUGCCGGAAAAGAUGCCAUCUUACAUGACGUCGGAUCAAACUUCGUCGUCCGCUAAGCGAAAAAUGUCCAGCAAGUCUCUGCCUCUUGGAAGUCUGGCCGAGCAUUUUGCUGGUCUACAGUGCAAAGCGACCGUUUUCUCAAGGCCGUCCAGUCACAGAUUGUCCUCGGAAGUGGAGCUGGACUCGAAGCAAACCGUUAGGAAAGCUUCUGCGAGCAAACCAUCUUGUAAGGAGCUCGAGGAAGAUGAUGACGAAAACACUCGCCAUCGUGAGAACUAUGCAGUCGUAAAGCCAAACGAUAAUAUGACACCACCGUUAGCACGGCCUGAAGACAAAGCGUUUUCUCAAUACACGCCCUGUUCAACGCCACCUGCUGAGCGUGGGAAUAAGUUGUCGAAGGACGAAGAGGACACCGCUACACAGCCACAAGUAAGUAGUGCAACUAUAAAGGAACACCGUGUGCACAACGACGAUGCGAAACAAGUUGCGGAAGACACCUCCAGGGUUGAACUUGAGGAAGUGAAAGAACGGCUUUCUAAGCUUGACGUCCUCAAGACCAUGACGUCCACGAACUGCAACGUUUGGAAUUUAAAAAGAAAACUUUCCGAGUUGGAAGAAGAACUAAAGAACGUUCUCUUCAGAGACGGAAUUACGUCUCUUUCUUCCCAAACAAAUCGAACGAUGGAAGCCGGUGGUGCCGGAGGACGUCACGAAACAGCCGAACCGAGCGAUGGCGCAAACACACCAAAACCAAGCAAAGGCGUACUACUACCAUCGGGCAGCCGCUCGACAAAGUCGACGCAGCACGUCAAGUUCCAGGAUGCAGUGAUGCCAAAGCGCCAUUCCCCUUCCAUUUCUGAAGCCUCAUCAGGGACUUCAAGGCGUGUUUCGAGCGAAGGGAUCAGGAGGAAGCUUUCGCAGGCUGGCAGUAAGGAACUACAGGUUGCCUCUGGUGACGUUAGUAGUACGCAAGGCAGCUCGGACGCCAGCGAUGCGAAAGUGACUGAACAAGGACAGCUCCUUGCAAUUAAGGCUGCUCACGUAUCCGACUCGGUUAUAUUCGAGGGUACUAGGUGUAACAAAACUCGAAAGUUGUCCGGUGACGUCGAGACAGAGGGGGGCCCGAUUGGCUUUGUAGCGACUGAUGUUUACCAACCGAACAGACCUACCACGACUGACCUGCAGAGCCAGCCCCAGGUGGUUGCGAGCUACAUGCACUUCGAACUCCCAAAUCAUUCAAGCUCGACUGAGCACAAACUAAACGAGAUCCUGGACAAGGACACCGAACGCAACCUGCAUGAGGAGUCGCAUGAAAUUCUGAAGAGAGUAGUCGAAAGAGCUUCCUGCAAUGCAGGGCGUUCAUUGCUACCGUCGUCACCUGCAUCGUUUCUGGCUUCUGCAACCAGCGCUGACGUGGCUCCUAUACUUGACAUCGCAGCUGCCAGUACCGCCGCACCGUGCCCCUCGCAGCAGCACACAAACGAGACAGGUGCGAAGUCACCAGGGCGCAGCCAGGACGGAAGUGUCCAGCAGAUUCCAGGUAACGACAAAGCCCAAUGUAGCACUGAAGUACAUGAACAGAAUGCAAUGACGACACAGCCCAGAAAUGAAGCCAACACGCAGACGUUUCUUUCGAAGUCGUCCCGCAAAAAUUCUUGUACUGGACGUCAGAAAACUCAGGCUCCACAGGAUGCGCUCAAAGUUUUCAUGUUGGGAAACGAACAUUACCUUCGCGAACGCUCUCUCACAUCUCAAAGGCGAACUUCAGGCGUCGCUGCAGUCGGCGAAACUCAGUACAUUGUGCAACAGAUAGUAAACCUAGAGAUCCCGUCCACGCAUAAAAGGCUCCGAGAGUACGGGGAACCAACAGACACCACGCGGGCUGCUGGUGGGCUCUUGAAGAAGUCUCAUUCAGUUACGGGGUCUGACCUCGCGCAAUGCGAUAACGGGUUUCAACCGCUGAGGCUCCGUGACCUCAUUCUACUUCAGCAUCCACACGUAGGAUCCAUGUUUGCACUGUUGCAUGAGGCACCAACGCAGACACAUACCAACGACGUCCCCAAAGCGAACGCUGGGCAAACGAUUCCCGAGUUCCAGCUAGGCAGUGCUAUGCCCUUGCCGACCAACACGAAGUCGAACAGCCAGCAAGCGUCACUGACCACCGCAAGUCUCGUCGAUGACGUAGCUGCUUGGCCAGACUCUUCCCGACAGUCAGGCGCGCAAGAGUGCGAAAACCGAUCCGAUGGCAUGCACACCGCUCACAGCAACUAUAUCGUCGGAGUGCACGGCUCCAGCUGUACACCAGAAAGCUACAAAAACAGCGGGGUGAGAAAUGACGCUGCGGGCCAUGAAAUAUUGGAAUGCGUCACGAGGAAUCUAUCCAUACCACCACUGAGGCGCGUACACAGCUUAAAUUCUAUAACUCAGGACUCGCAUCAGCAGUCACUGGAAGGCUUCAUCACCACAUCGAGCUCUUCGAACUCUGAAUUGUACCGUAAUUUGCGCAAGAGGCCCCUAAGGAAUCCCGUGAUGAACCUUCCAGAACAAGGGUCUCGGUUAUGCCAGUUUGUCCCAACAUUCAGCGUGGACCGUCCAACACCCGACAGACCCUGCUUCGAGUCCGUAUACAACGCCAUUUUGCAAUCGCAAACGACUUCCAGUAGCGUCAUAACGCAUCUUUCGAAAUAUAACGUCGACAGGCCGUUCUUUGGCAGCCUUAUUGCCAAUAUUCCCGCGCCUUCCCAUUCCCAACAUCCCCACAGGAGCUCGAGGACGUGCUCUUCCCGACGCCACAGGCUCGAGCCGCGUAAGAAUAUUCGCUGCCUCAGUAGGCCAACACUGUCCCUGUGGAACUUCAAGAGAUACAGUAAAAAAGUAGCCAAGAAACAAAUAUCCAAACACGAUUCCGCACGGCUGCCCAACGAAUCUCCGGCCUGCUUCCAUUUGUAUCACGCGGCAGGCACUGCCAGUGAGGAACCCCAGUCAUCUACGUCAUCUUUCUGCGUUGCGGAUGACGACAUAGGGAAAAGGUCAAAUAUAUCAACCGCUUCACCGUAUUUCUCACUGGACGAAACAGCGUCGGAGCAUUCUCUGUUGCGUGCAUUCGUAAAAUAUCCAUCUGGACAUGUAAACAAAGAUCGGCAGUUUCAUGGGCCACAGGAGGAUGAAUAGCGAUACCCCAAGACAUCUGUGAUGGGUUCGUACAUAACGCAACAACAGAACUUGUCGUGCCUAUCGAUAAGAUGAACGAAAUGUCCCAUAAACAUAAUAGAAUGAAAUGUAACGUGUCUGCGCUCAUUUCUACGCUACAGUGAUGGGCGGGUAAGGGUUAUGAAUGGAACAGUUUUAGGCCGUGUUUAGGCCGUCACAGUGGACUGCGUGU